UGGAAACUGUGGCUGGUGUACAGACCCAGACCUUGGCUACGAGUGAAGCCAUGGAUGGGACAGAGAUUGAGACUAGAUCCAAGGUGGUGAUCUCAAGAGCAUUACCUAAUAAAAACCCUUCAUGCUGUACUCUGUCUCUGGGUCUGCUCUCCAGGAAGCCAGUCUAUAGCAGUUGGUAUGAGAAGCAGUUGAGGAAAGCAUACAUUGUGAUGAAAAUUUGCAUAUAGAUCACCUGCUGCAAUGAGGACUCCAUCAUUGGUGUAGGGCGCUGUAUCACUCGGAGCAAAGGAACAAAGAAUCUGCCCGGAAUUCCUGCAUCCAUCCAUCUCUGCCAAGUCGCCAGUCUGUGUCUGUGGAUCUUGUUGUGCCUGAAGGCCAAUCCGACCCAAAAGCAGGAAGAAGAGGAACAUUGUCCAGAAACAAGUUUGCAGAAUACAGUGCACUUCCAGGCAAGAAGGAAAAGGAAGAAACUGUCUGAACCUGUGUAGGUGUAUGUGGAAGUGCCACUACCCCCAGGACACCUGGAAGGGCAGAGGAGGUGCUGCUGUAUCUGCAGUUGCUGAAGAGCCUGCCAGCUAUAGCUAAAGAUUCCAUCCAGGCUUCAGAUAAUUCUGAGCCACAGCAAGCCUGCUCUGCCUGGGUUAAAAAUUCGGCUCAGGCAUUCGGCUUAGACAUUUGUUCCAGUAUGGGUCGAACUCGGGAGGCUGGUUGUGUGGCUGCUGGCAUGGUGAUAGGGGCUGGUGCCUGCUACUGCGUAUACAGACUGACCUGGGGAAGAGAUGACAGCGAGAAAAUCUGGAACUACAAUGAUGAUGACGAAGAUGAGGAAUCUAGUGAUAUUACAGAAAUUGGGGUGGAGGCUGAGAAAGGAGCUAAUACUGUGGUGGGGAGCAGAGCUAGAUUUCAGGGUGACUCAAAAGCCAAAGCUGAAGUGGGCAUGGAACUCAAGAGUGGUCCAGAUAUAAAAGUGGGAGUCCACUCAGGAACCCAGAGAGGUGGUGGCCUAGAGGCCAAGGCCAAGGCCCUUUUCAGCACACUGAAGGAACAGGCAAGUGCAAAGGCAGGCAAAGGGGCCAGGUUGGGUACCAUCUCUGGGACCAGGACUUUUGCAUCAAGUUUACCCUGCCCAGGAGUCAGGGGUGGAGGCUGCCACCCCACCAGGAGUGGGGCUAGGGCUAGGAGCAGGGCAAGUGGAAAGUCCAAGGGAAAGGUCCGAGCUAAGAGCACCAGGACUCCAGCUACAACAUGGCCUGUUCGCAGGGGCAAGUUCAACUUUCCCUAUAAAAUUGAUGAUAUUUUAGGCGCUACAGACCUUCAAAAGGUCCUUAACAUCCUAGAAAGAACAAAUGAUCCUUUUAUUCAAGAAGUAGCCUUGGUCACUCUCGGUAACAAUGCAGCAUAUUCAUUUAACCAAAAUGCCAUUCGUGAAUUGGGUGGUCUCCCAAUUAUUGCAAAACUGAUAAAAACGAAAGAUCCCAUUAUUAGAGAAAAGGCUUACAAUGCUCUUAAUAACUUGAGUGUGAAUGCUGAAAAUCAGGGCAAGAUUAAGACGUAUAUCAGUCAAGUGUGUGAUGACACCAUGAUUUGUUGCUUGGACUCAGCUGUGCAGAUGGCUGGACUAAGACUGCUAACCAACAUGACUGUGACUAAUCAUUACCAACAUUUGCUUUCCUAUUCUUUUCCAGACUUUUUUGCUUUGUUAUUCCUGGGAAAUUACUUCACCAAGAUUCAGAUUAUGAAACUACUUAUAAACUUUACUGAAAAUCCAGCCAUGACAAGAGAGCUGGUCAGUUGUAAAGUACCAUCAGAAUUGAUUUCCCUCUUUAAUAAAGAAUGGGACAGAGAGAUUCUUCUUAAUGUCCUAACCCUAUUUGAGAAUAUAAAUGAUAACAUAAACAAUGAAGGGCUUGCAUCGUCCAGGAAAGAGUUUAGCAGAAGUUCACUUUUUUUCUUAUUUAAAGAAUCUGGGGUGUGUGUUAAAAAAAUCAAAGCAUUAGCAAAUCACAGUGAUCUGGUGGUGAAAGUAAAAGUUCUCAAAGUAUUGACCAAACUCUAAUCGGAGGUCUGUCUGAAAUAAUAAUUGAGAUAUGUUUUUUAAGUUUGCACUUGGGAACAAUACAUUUUGCAAAUUCUUUGUUUUUCACUGUGCUUAUAUGGCAUAGAGAUACUUUCAGCCGCUAUUUUGCAACAAUGAAUAUCACAAAUCAACAGUAAUGCUGGCUGUGACGGUUGGUUUUAGGCUGGACCGUUUUAAGGAUGCCAAAUGAAUACUAAAGCUUGUACAGACAAAGCACUUAGUUGAUUCCAUCUUGCUACCUAGAUUGAGAUAUUUUUACUCUUUUAUCUAAACUGACAGCAAACUAAUCAUAAAUAACCUACACUUUUGUAUUGGUUUAUAUUUGUUAAUCUUAGACUUGUGUUUUAUCAAUAAAGUUAUGUGUUUUAACCAGCAAAAAAAAGAGAGAGAAAUUUAUCAUGUUCUUAAGUUUAUUGUGUAUUUGAGAAGGCAAGAUGUAUGGAAACAAAAAGUUAACAAAACCAGGAGCCAUUCAUCAUGGCCAGCUGCUUCCUAUUAGUGCUUAGAGGUGGCAGAAAGUUUUGUAGGUAACAGAGCACAGGGAAAGUUUUAAGAGGAGAGGAAGCUUAAGUAAGCUGGGCUUGAAGGAUAGGAUAAAAACAGGACAGAAGAGCAUUGGAGAAGGAAGGAAUGGUGGGAAGAAAGGCAUGGAGGUGGGAAUGCUGCUCCAGAGAGAAGGCUGGCCUGCCUGAGUACAAAGUGUGGAAGAGGGAGUGGUGAGAAAUAUAGUUGAGCAGUGGGAGUGAGUCGCAUUCAUGGAGGGUCCCUGAUUGCUACACUGAGGUGUUUGCAUAUCACUCCAUCCAGCCCUGAAUGACACGAAAGCCUUUCAUGACCCUGGGAAUGACAGGAUGAAAAGAAAUAACGUGGCUGUUUUGGUGCAGGAUGGGUCUGAGUUGGGGAGGGGACAGGAGCAGCCACUGAAGAUUGGAACAUCAGUUAGGAAGUUACCACCAUAGUCCAAGUACAAGAUGAUGAAAGUCUGAAAUGUCACUGCUGGUCAUGGGAAGGAUGAGAGGAAGCAAGUGAGAGACCCUUUGAACGAAGAAGUGCUGGGACCUAUUCUGGGGACUACAGGGAGGGACAAUUUUAUUUUAGAGUCUUGAGGCAUUUGAUAGGAAAAUGAACUCUUUCUUGACCAACUUUGUUAUCUUUAUAAGUG